GCUGGGCGGCGGUGGUAGCGGCAGCGGCAGCCCGAGCGGCAGCGGUGUUCGACUUGGCCGCUGCCGAGAGCCGCCGGCGGUAGGGGAGGAAACGGGGGGCCCGCCCUGGCCCGCGGGGCCGAGGGACCUGAGUUCCCGCGCCGCUCGGGGCCGAGCCCCCUGCGCCCUCCGCCGCUCGCAGUUGCCGCCGGCCGCCGCCACCGAGAGAAGUUGGGGGGGUCCCACCGGACACUAGGACCCCUGGCCCGGGGGUCACCGUGAUCCCGCGGAAGCCUGCUCCCGGCGAGCCGCCGCCUCAGGGGCUCCGCAUCGUUUCUGCCACUUUAAGAAUUUCAAAGAGCAAGAGAGGAACAGGGUUUCCAGACCUAUAGAAUGGCUAAACAUUAAUGGAAAGAGAAGCGUAAAUCUAUCUUCCAUUAUGGAGGCAGGUUUAGCAGACGGAGAACCUGACAGGACUUCGAUCAUGUCAUAUUCAGAAGUUGCUGCAGUUGAAGAGACACUUCUUGGUGAUAGCAAAGAUGUCCUUGGGCCAUCAACUGUUGUAGCAAACAGUGAGGAACCUCAGCUUUUGACCCCAGGAAAGAUGAGUCAGCGCCAAGGGAAAGAGGCUUACCCAACACCAACUAAAGAUCCGCACCAGCCAUCUCUCAGUCCCGCAAGUCCUCACAGCCAGGGUUUUGAAAGAGGAAAAGAAGAUAUUUCUCAAAAUAAAGAUGAUUCUUCACUUUCAAUGUCAAAGAGCAAGUCUGAAUCUAAACUUUACAAUGGCUCAGAAAAGGACAGUUCCAGUUCGAGUAAACUCACCAAGAAGGAGUCUCUCAAGGUACAAAAGAAAAAUUACCGUGAAGAGAAGAAGAGAGCCACGAAGGAGUUGCUCAGCACCAUCACAGACCCUUCUGUCAUUGUCAUGGCCGACUGGCUGAAGAUUCGUGGUACCCUAAAGAGCUGGACCAAGUUAUGGUGUGUGUUGAAACCUGGGGUGCUUCUGAUCUAUAAAACACAAAAAAAUGGCCAGUGGGUUGGAACAGUCCUUCUGAAUGCUUGUGAGAUUAUUGAACGUCCAUCAAAAAAGGAUGGCUUUUGUUUCAAGCUAUUCCAUCCUCUGGAGCAGUCUAUUUGGGCAGUGAAGGGCCCAAAGGGUGAAGCAGUUGGAUCCAUAACUCAACCCUUACCUAGCAGUUACUUGAUUAUCCGAGCGACCUCAGAGUCAGAUGGAAGGUGCUGGAUGGAUGCCUUGGAGUUGGCUCUGAAAUGUUCUAGUCUUCUUAAACGCACCAUGAUCAGGGAAGGGAAGGAACACGACCUGAGCAUUUCAUCAGAUAACACACAUGUGACCCUGUAUGGUUUACUGCGUGCGAACAAUCUCCACAGUGGCGACAACUUCCAGUUGAAUGAUAGUGAAAUUGAAAGGCAGCACUUUAAGGACCAGGAUAUGUAUUCUGAUAAAUCCGACAAAGAAAACGAGCAAGAGCAUGACGAAUCUGACAAUGAGGUGAUGGGGAAAAGCGAGGAGAGUGACACAGACACCUCGGAAAGGCAAGACGACUCCUACAUCGAACCCGAGCCCGCUGAGCCUUUGAAGGAGACCACCUACAUGGAGCAGAGCCAUGAAGAGCUCGGUGAGGCAGGUGAGGCUUCUCAAACAGAAACUGUUUCUGAAGAAAACAAAAGCCUUAUCUGGACUCUGCUCAAACAAGUUCGCCCCGGCAUGGACCUGUCCAGGGUGGUUCUCCCUACGUUUAUUCUGGAGCCCCGGUCUUUCCUGGAUAAACUUUCAGAUUACUACUAUCAUGCAGAUUUCCUGUCUGAGGCUGCUCUAGAAGAAAAUCCGUAUUUCCGUUUGAAGAAAGUUGUAAAAUGGUAUUUGUCAGGGUUCUAUAAAAAGCCAAAGGGACUGAAGAAACCAUAUAAUCCUAUCCUUGGUGAGACUUUCCGUUGUUUAUGGAUUCAUCCCAGAACAAACAGCAAAACAUUCUAUAUUGCUGAGCAGGUGUCCCAUCACCCACCAAUAUCUGCCUUUUAUGUUAGUAACCGAAAAGAUGGAUUUUGCCUUAGUGGUAGCAUCCUGGCUAAGUCCAAGUUUUAUGGAAACUCACUGUCCGCGAUAUUAGAGGGAGAAGCACGGUUAACUUUCUUGAACAGAGGUGAAGAUUACGUAAUGACAAUGCCGUAUGCUCAUUGUAAAGGAAUUCUUUAUGGCACAAUGACAUUGGAGCUUGGUGGGACUGUCAAUAUUACCUGCCAAAAGACUGGAUACAGUGCAGUACUUGAAUUUAAGUUAAAGCCAUUUCUAGGAAGUAGUGAUUACGUUAAUCAAAUAUCAGGGAAACUUAAAUUGGGAAAAGAAGUCCUAGCUACUUUGGAAGGCCAUUGGGACAGUGAAGUUGUCAUCAAUGACAAAAAGACUGACAGCUCAGAGGUUUUCUGGAAUCCGACGCCUGACAUUAAACAGUGGAGAUUAACAAGGCACACUGUGAAAUUUGAAGAACAGGAUGAUUUUGAAUCAGAGAAACUCUGGCAACGAGUAACAAGAGCUAUAAAUGCCAAAGACCAAACAGAAGCUACUCAAGAAAAGUAUGUUUUGGAAGAAGCUCAAAGACAAGCUGCCAGAGAUCGGAAAACAAAAAAUGAAGAGUGGGCUUGUAAGUUAUUUGAACUUGAUCCACUCACAGGAGAAUGGCACUAUAAGUUUUCAGAUACCCGACCAUGGGACCCACUUAAUGAUAUGAUACAAUUUGAAAAAGAUGGUGUUAUCCAGACCAAAGUGAAACAUCGCACUCCAAUGGUUAGUGUUCCAAAAAUGAAGCAUAAACCAACAAGACAACAGAAGAAGGUGGCAAAGGGCUACUCCUCCCCAGAGCCCGACAUCCAGGACUCAUCUGGAAGUGAAGCUCAAUCUGUAAAGCCAAGUGCACGAAGAAAGAAGGGAAUCGACCUGGGAGACAUUCAGAGCUCCGUUGAGUCUAUAAAACAGACACAGGAAGAGAUUAAGAGAAAUAUUAUGGCUCUUCGAAAUCACUUACUUUCAAGUGCACCUGCUACGGAUUAUUUUCUGCAACAGAAAGACUACUUCGUCAUUUUCCUUCUGAUUUUGCUUCAGGUCAUAAUAAACUUUAUGUUUAAAUAGAA